AUGAUGCUCAUCAAGCUCGGCCGCUCGCCAGACGAAGUCAUCACCGUGUCUCCCGCCGACGACGCCCGCAUCCUCCGCCGCAUCGACCUCGCCCUGCUGCCGCUCAUGCUCUCCGUGUACUUUCUGCAGGCCCUCGACAAAGCUACGCUGUCGUACGCGUCCAUAUUUGGCCUCAUCGACGACACGGACCUGGUUGGCGACGAGUUCUCGUGGCUGGGGAGCAUUGUUUAUCUGGCCCAGCUCCUCAUGCAGCUGCCCUUGGCGUGGGCUCUGGUCAAGCUGCCGAUUGGUAAAUUCACAAGUGCCAUGGUUUUUGCUUGGGGUGUCACUUUGGCAUGCAUGACAUGGGCGCACAACUUUGGGCAGCUCAUGGCGGCUCGUUUCUUCCUGGGUGCCUUUGAAGCUUGCGUAGGGCCGGCUUUUGUUGCCAUAACGCAGAUGUGGUGGAGACGCAGGCAUAUUCUGGGAAUACUAACAAGCUCUGUGUCGGAUAGAGAACAAACGCUGAGAAUUGGGUCUUGGUACUGCAUGAACGGUCUGACUUGGGUGUUUGGAAGCCUCAUUACAUAUGGGCUGGCAAGCAUAGACUCACAUCUCAAGCCUUAUCAGAUCAUAUUUCUCUUCUUUGGCGUUGUUACGGUCGUAGUAUCUGGAGCAAUGUUCUUCUGGAUGCCGGAUUCACCCACUGAAGCAAAGUUUCUCAGCGACGAGGACAAGAUCCUCGCCAUAGAGCGUCUCCGCAACAAUCAGAUGGGGGUCAUGUCGCGAGAAUGGAGGUAUGCCCACUUCUUCGAAGCUUUGCGAGAUCUAAAGACCUGGCUGUGGGUGAUCAUGAUCUUUUGCAUCUCGGUUCCUUCAAACGGUAUCUCAACGUUUGGCCCACUCAUCAUCAAAUCCUUUGUCACGGAUCCGUACAGAACCAUCUUAUUCAACGUUCCCGUCGGCUUGUCUCAUGUUCUGGCUGUUUCAUUGAGCGCGUAUGCAUCGAUGAAGUGGAAAGUCAAGGGGCCCAUUAUUGCUCUCCUGUGUAUUCCUCCCAUUAUUGGAUUUUCAAUCCUGCUGCACUUCCCGCAUGACGUUGAGCACAGAGCCAUUUUGCUUGCAGGAUACUUUUGUCUCUCCACAUUUACUGGCAUCACGCCACUUAUAUACUCUUGGUCUGCGCAAAAUACAGCUGGAGAUACGAAGCGAAAAUGCACGUCGGCAAUGGUCUUCAUAGGCUCAUCCGCUGGCAACAUCUUUGGACCUCUGCUCUUUACGCCUGACGAAGCCCCGUCCUAUUCUAGAGGCUUACGGGCGAACAUUGCCUUUUUCGCGUUUGUCCUCUUACUCGUUGGCAUCACAUCGCUUUAUCUGAAGUAUCUCAACUCCGACCACGCCAAGCGAAGAGUGGCUCUUGGAAAGAGUGCAGUUAUUCUGGAUAUGAGCUUGGAGACGGCAGAAGAGGAGGACGGAGUGCAACCUGACGAUGUCAAAGGCCGAAAAGCUUUUGCGGACAUUACCGAUCUCGAGAAUGAGGACUUUGUAUUUGUGUUUUGA